CAGUCAGGUGAAAUCUUGGAGCUCGCGGCAUAUAUUUUAUUUCUGUAUAUAUAUAUAUACACACAUAUUUAUAAAAUGUGGUGUUUGCACUGCAAAGCAGUUUACCGUGGUUGUAUUUAAAUUAAAUUCGAAAGCAGAAAUAUUCACAAAAAACUUUGGUCGGAGCCGUGUUUUUAAAUUUGUGUUCUAACCGGAAGUGAGUGAAAUAGAGAAAAGUUUGAACGACAGGAAGUUGUCCAGCUAUAAACUUCUAAGAUUAGCUCACAGUCUCAACAAAUAACCGUGACUGGUUUGCUAGCGAAAUGAACAAGUUUUGUAUCACUGUGUGAACAUUAAACAUGAUUAGUAACGUUAACUAGCUUGCUAGCUGCAUCUACGGUCCUGCUUUCCUUCCUGAAGAAGGUGUAAAACAUCCCAAAAUGGACUCUGAGGUGUCUGUGAUGCUUCACUGUGCUCCAGCUCAAGGCUUUGAAGAGCAUCAAGUAGAAGUAGAGAUAUCAAGCAGGUUCAACCGCAGAAGCGUUCCUGAGGUCGAGAACCACAUCGAGGCCGUGUGGAACGAGCGGGUGACCAAAGCGCCGUGGCUUUUCAAUGGGGCGAAAUUCAGGCUUCACUCAGCGGAACUCUGCACAACACCUCCUCAGAGCUCGGCAGACUUCUACGACACUGUCGCACAAACCCAAAACUCCAAAACAGCCGAGGGUGGAAACUAUUCACCUCUAAAUCAUAUUUUGUGUGGUGAAGGAGACCGUGCCUGUCUGACAGGAAUGCAUAGUUCGUCAGCAAAAAUCGAGAAGAGUAGGUGCUGUCGAGAACCCCAGAAAGAUGCAAGAUCCUCAGAAGCAAAUGGAGUGAUCCUUCGAUUACAGCUGGGUUUGACGUGUUAUAAAGACUUCCUAGGGACCAACUGGUCACAAAAUGCUGUGAACCUUCAGCAGCGAGGACGGCUGGAGGUGGGAGAUCCUCAGGCUCUGCUGGCGCAGCCUCUCGGCGUCGGUGCGGUCCUGCUAACCUCAGACGGACAGGUGGUGAUGCUGAGAAGGAGUCAGAGAGUUGCAGAGGCAGCAGGGCUCUUAGAUAUACCCGGUGGGCAUCCUGAGCCUAAGGCUGUGUGUCAGGGGGUGAGCGAGGAGGACAUCAGCACUGAGCUCAUGCAGGGUUGUGAGAGAGCUGUCGUGGCCGAGAUCUUCUCGUCUGUGUGUGUGGAGGUCAGGGAUGAGGUAAAUGUUCCACUCGGUUUUCUCAGCGCACCUGUUCUAAUGGGAAUAGCACUAAACCACACCAGCGCAGGACGACCCAGCGCAGAGUUUUUCAUCAGGUGUUCUUUGACGAUGGAGGCCGUGAAGGAUUGUUAUUGGCGUGGAGGCCCUGAAGCUCACGAGUCUACAGAUAUAGUGUUCCUGAGUAAAUCGGAGAUGCUGCGGUUGGACAUGGAGUCGCCCUUGUGGUCAGAACUUUGUCCGUCAGCCAAAGGAGCCGUCCUGCUGUACCAACAAGUGAGACCUGAUCAGCCUUAGACACAACGAUGGAUGUGUUUUGGUUUGUAAUGUUUGUAAAAGGUCUCCAAAGAUACUGUAGAUAUCUCCGAUUCACAACACGAUGUAGAACUUUUGGAAGUUUCUCGUUUUCUGGCUCCUGUUUACAUUUUUCAGACUGAAAGCGAUAUGUUUAUAGCGAUGGUUAUUCACCUCUCAGGACGAAGAGCGCUCGAAAAUGACAAACCGUUCCUUUAGUUUUACAAUUAUGAAAGUCCUGAGAUCUGUAUAUUGUGUAUAGAUUUUUUUUAAAUGCAUAUAAUUUGUAUUUUUAGAGCUUAAUAUUUCACAUAAAAUGUUUGAAUCUAUUUUAAAGAUGUUACGUGACCAGUUUUAAUGACAGUUUCACAUGUGCUUUCAUGGAAAUCAAUCAAUA